ACGGCCGACCGGGCGCCCCUAGCAGCCGCCCUAGGAGCCCGCAGUGCGCAAGCGCGCAACAUCUCCGUUUCCCUCCCUCAGCCCCUAACCUCCCCCCCCACCUCCUGUCCCCUUCACGGAGCCGGCUCCCGGGCGCGCUCACCCUCGUGAGGAGGCCGGAGGCCGGACUCGGCGGGCGCGCUCUCCACUCCCGGGAGAUCAUGUACCAGCGCAGCCGGGGGGCGGCCCAGCGUCUCGGCCCCUGCCUCCGCGCCUACCAGGCUCGACCCCAGGAGCAGCUUUCUCCACGGACUCCACCAUUCCCAGUCCUUUGGCCCCACUGCACGCCAGCCACGUCCCCAUCUCCACUCGUCUGGCCUUUCCCACCCCCACACCUUCCUACUCUCCCUCUUCCUCCAGCUCGCCCACUGCCUCUCCCUCAGGUCCAGGCCCUCAGCUCCCCAUGGGUGGUGCUCCCUCCAGGAAAUGGGGAGGAGGGCCCAGGACCCGAGUUGCACAGUGGCUGCUUGGAUGGGCUUAGGAGCCUUUUUGAGGGGGCUCCCUGCCCCUAUCCUGGAGCUCUGAUACCUUUCCAAGCCCCCGGAACUGCCCACCCAUCCCCUGGCAGCCCCUCGGGAGAUCCUAGCAUGGAAGAACACCUGGCUGUCAUGUAUGAGAGACUGAGACAAGAGCUUCCUAACCUCUUCCUUCACUCCCACGACUACACGCUCUAUUCACCGGACGUGGAAUUCAUCAAUGAGAUCCUGAACCUGCGUACCAAGGGAAGGGCCUGGUACAUCCUGUCACUCACCCUCUGUCGCUUCCUGGCAUGGAACUAUUUUGCACAACUUCGGUUGGAGGUCCUACAGCUGACCCGCCACCCGGAGAACUGGACCCUGCAAGCCCGCUGGCGGCUUGUGGGGCUGCCCAUCCACAUGCUCUUUCUGCGUUUCUACAAGCGUGACAAAGAGGAGCUUUACCGGACCUACGAUGCCUAUUCUACCUUCUACCUGAAUUCCAAUGGCCUCAUUUGUCGCCAUCACCUGGACAAGCUGAUGCCUUCACACUCACCUCCUGCGCCCGUGAAGAAGCUGCUAAUGGGAGCCCUGGUGACCCUGGGGCUAUCAGAGCCAGAGCACGAGCCCGGCUUAAACCUGUGUUCCAAGGCCUGAUCCAGGAACAGGGGUGAAGAAGCAUUGAGGACUGCUACGCACAAGAGAGAGGUGGAGGCAGCCAACAAUCUCAAGAGCCAGCUUCCUCCCCUCUCUCCCUCCUUUUUUUCCAUCUCGUGCUGUGUAAAGCUGCUGUGUAAUUUAACUUGUAAAUAAUAAAGUGACUAUAUGAGAUGGAA